AUGGCGGAAGGCCAGGGCGAAGGUGCAGACGCUGAAGUCACUCGCUUUAAGGAGGCGCUGUCUCCUUUGGGGGAAGAAGAUGGCCCAUUCGUUCCUGAUGUGGUGCUUGUUGAUCCCCCUGUUUUGGUGGGUGGUGUUGGGGUUGUUGGUGCGUUACCCCUUGUUGGGGGGACUGCCAUCGGGGAGAGGUCAGGUACAGCCAGUGCUGUGGGCGACGGUAUGGUAACCGUGAAAAUUAUCACCAAACUGUCUCCUGUCUCCUGA